AUUCGUCACCCUAGGCGUGAAUAAUCAAUCUUAGACGAUCGCUGGGAAUCAAUAACACAGGCGGCGAUGUCUGUGUGUGAUUAUUAUUCCUGUGCAGGUAUCUAGCAACCGUUAUUUACGUUAUUUUAAAUCACAGGUGCGCUAACGUUAUUAUAACUUUAAUUAUCCGGAUUAAAUAUGUCAGAAAACGAUCAAACGUGUUUGCCGUUAAUUAUAUAUUAUAUGAGGGAGAAAUGCUUCAGACACGCCAUAAACACAGCUGUGAGGAAUUUAAUGUUGUAUAAUAAUGAUCCAGUGCUCCGGUUCUUCAAAGCUUUCGCAACUCUGAUGGAAGGUCACAUUCAAGAAGCUUUGCGAGAGCUCGUCCAGCUGAAAGAUCAUCCACACCUGUCUCUGUGCUCAACAGUAGCUCUCGUUUGCGCACACAAACGUUGUGAAACUAUUGAUCAAGAGGCUGUGAAUGAGCUGAACUCCGACCUGAAGCUGUCUGGAUCCACAGCCGGUGAUAGAGCGUUGUAUUACGCAGCGCUGCUUUACUGGAUGCUGGAGCUGAACCACAAAGCCAGAACAUGCAUCAAGAGGAUGCUGAAACUCUCUGAUACGUCACCAGAGGGGCUUAUUCUCAAGGGCUGGAUUGAGUUGACCUCUGACACGGAAGAGAACAGACGACAGGCGAUACGUUACUUUGACGGCGGCGUUCAGGACACAGGAAAUUUAUUUGGACUCAUGGGAAAAAUUGAGUUCUUCAUGGCGAAGCAGAACGAGAAGUGCGCUCUUGACAUCGCCAAUCAGAUCAUAGUCUCUCAUCCGGACUUCACCCCAGCGCUCGUCAUGAAGAUGAAGGUGUUCAUGUCUCUGCGAGACUGGGAUCAAACGGAGGAGGUCGCCCAGAGAGUUCUGGAGAGAGACGGACGUGAUCUGAAAGCUCUUCAAAUGAUGACUGUCAUUGCUGCGGCUAAGGAUGGAAAUAUGGAGAUGGUGAAAGAGCGUCUUCAAGCUUUAAUGAGUGUAGUUGAGAUGUCUGAGCCCAGAAAUCCCAGCCUGCAUCUGGAGAUCACAGCACCCAUCAGCCGACUGUGUGGACACAACACAGAGAUCCUGCAGAUGUUGACGGUGUUUGUGCAUCGGGUGUCCUCACGUGCACCAGCGGCGUCUGAUGCCCUCUGUGAGCUCGGCUAUCUGCUAAGUCUCCAAGACAAGUAUAAAGACGCCCAAAAAUGCUACUCUACAGUACUGAAAACAGACCCAAAAUGCACAUCAGCAUUAGUAGGCACGAUCAGAUGUCAGGUGAUGUGUGAUCAGCUUGAGGAAGCCGCCCAACAGCUCGCAUUCUUCUGCGAAGCGCAAGAGUCUCUUGGAAACAUAGCGGAAGUUGCUCUGCUGAAGGCCAUUUUGGCCAGGAAGCAGAAAGCAGAUGAGGAGACGGUGAUACAGCUGCUGAAAGACGCCACAGAGCUCCAUUUCUCUGCUCUCCGUGGCUUAAAUUAUGGUGUAGAAUACCUGCAGAUGCUGGACCUCAAUUUCCUCCUGCGAAUAGUGCGCAUGCACCUGGAGUCCAAGCAGGAUUUUCCCCUCAUUCCUGGACAAACUCCACCAUUUUGGCUCAAACACGCAAAUAUGAUCUUGGAAAUGAUCGUCAAAGCCAUUCCUGGCAUGUCAACGAGCUGUUAUUAUAUGGCCUACGUCAAGUUCCUUCUAGGCGACCACAGAACAGCCCAGCACCUUCUGAACCUCUGCAUGGAGAAAGAGCCGACCAUGCCAGAGAUCCACCUUCUGCAGGCCCGACUGCACCUCCACGCUGGAGACAACAGCAAGUGUCUGAGCUGCCUGGAAUCUGGAGUCAGCAUCAACUUUGAGCUUCGAGAUCGAUUCCAGUUCAAUCUGCUCAAAGCUCGUGCUCUGCUGAGGUCUGGAGACUUGAAGGACGCCAUCCAGUGCCUGAACAUCACCAUGAACAUGCCAGGGGUCCGCAGACCGUCAGAGGGGCCGCAGUCUUCCGUCUCCAGCAGUGAGCGAGUGUCCGUGUUCCUGGAGCUCACAGAGGCCCUGAGACUCGACGGACAGCAGCAUGAGGCCACUAAAGUUCUGCAAGACGCCAUUCUGCUCUUCAAAGGGACACCAGAGGAGACGCGUGUCAUGCUUGCUAAUGUGGAUCUGGCUUUGGGCAGAGAUGAUGUGGACGCCGCUGUGUCCAUCCUGCAUAACAUUCUGCCGGCUGAAUCAACCUACAUCCAAGCCCGAGAGAAGAUGGCUCACAUUUACCUGGAGAGGAGAAGAAACAAGAAGCUUUACAUUGCAUGUUACAGAGAAAUAAGUGAGCAGCUUCCAGGACCUCAUACUAGCAUCUUGCUGGCUGAUGCCUUCAUGAAGAUACACCAGCCAGAGAAAGCAGUCAAGAUCUACCAAGAAGUAGAGAAGAUGGCUCCUAAAGUCACAUUAGCCAAGAAAAUAGGCCACGCUUUAGUGAAAGCUCAUGAAUAUGACAAGGCGGUGAGCUACUAUGAGACGGCGCUGAAGACCGAUGCGCUGGACUGUGGUUUGAGUGUUGAGCUGUCCGAACUGCUCCUGAAACUGAAACGAUUGGAGCAAGCUCAGCAGGUCCUGGAGAAGGCCUUGGAACAUGAACCUACUACUGCAUUGACUACAAUGAUGAAUGAUGUAAAAGUUUUACGAGUGUUAGUGAAAGUGCUACGUGCCCGGAACGAGUCUGCUCUGGAAGUCCUGCAAAAGGCACACGAUCUCCAGCAAAAAGUUGUUUGCCGUGUUACAAAUGAGCAUUCAGCAGAAUUAGAGGAACAGAGGAAGUUGUUAGCGUCCAUCUGUUGUGACUGGGCUCAAGAGUUUCACCUCAACCACGACCUGGAAAUGGCCAAACGACACUAUACAGACGCAUUAAAUCACAGCCCAGACAAUGAAGAGAUCAUUUUUCAUCUGGCUCAGUUACACUAUGAGCAUCAGAAGCUGGACUAUAGCGAGGAACUGUGUGUGAAGAUACUGCAGCUCCACCAGAACCACACCGCUGCCUCAAUGCUGAUGGCUGAUACAUUAUUUUGGAAGAACCAAAAAGGGGAAGCGGUUGAGAUUUAUGCUCGUAUAAUGGAGCGAAACCCAGACAACUUUCAUGCCAUGGCCAAGUUUCUACACAUUCUGCGAAGGAUGGGGAAACUAGACGAGAUCCAGUCUGUGUUUAAGGCUUGUGAAAAGUUCUGUCAGCUGUCGGUCAGAGAACCGGGGUUUAAUUACUGCAAGGGUUUUUACUUCUGGCACACCUACCAAGUGAAGGAGGCCCUGACACACCUGAACAAGGCCAGAGGAGACACGGACUGGGGAGAACCAGCGGUGGAGCUGAUGGUCCAGAUCUGCCUGAACCCUGACAAGGAUGUUUUUGGAGGAGAGGUUUUAGAUAAAGGACAAAAGGACAUGAGCGAGUCAGAGACUGAGAUGAGACUGAGCACAGCUCAGAAUCUACUGACGAUGUUUCGCCCGCGCUCGAAAUCUGAGCAGGACAAAGCCAGGCUGCUCUCCAACCUCUGUCGGAUCUACAGCAAAGAGGCCAAACAGGUGGAGAGAGCCGUGCUGGAGCUCACAGACAUGAUGUCUGAGAACGUGAUGCUGGAGGCGUCUUUGCUCGCGAUGGCUCAAGGUUUCCUUCAGCUUAAGCAGAUUCCCAGAGCCAGAAACUUCCUCAAACGCCUCACCAGGAUGGAGUGGAACGACGCAAACGCAGAUUACCUGGAGAACGCCUGCCUGCUCUUGGCUGACAUGUACAUAAACAUGGGAAAAUACGCACAAGUGGACAAACUGCUCGACAGCUGCAUACGACACAAUGAGUCGUGUAGUAAAGCGUACGAGUAUCAUGGUUUCAUGAUGGAGAACGAGCAGAGAUACAUAGAUGCAGCGCUGCAGUAUGAACUGGCCUGGAAACACAGCAACAGAGUCGAUCCUGCGAUCGGAUUCCGUCUCGCCUUUAACUGUCUGAAGUGCAAGGAUUACACGCAGGCUGUUGACGUGUGUCGUCAGGUGCUGCAGCAGCAUCCAGAUUACCCACAGAUCCACAGCGAGGUUUUGACCCGAGCUCAGCUCUCUCUCCGUCCGUGAUGGAGUGGGAUCAAGACUUAAAGACUUUCAUUGAGAAAUUUAGUUUUAGUUUAGUUAUAAAGCUAAUAUACAAAUUAAAAUACUAGUGUUUAUUAGUUUUAAAGGUUUUAUGUUUAUGUACCAUAGGAAAUGCUAAAUAAAGCACAAACCAUUUAUAAACUUUAAACUGUACUGGAAAGCUGUUCUCUGAUAUUUAUAGCAGUGACAAAAUAAAAUGUUCUGUUUCUGAA